AUGUCAUCAAUAAACAAACUAACCUCUCUCUCUACACAGACCCUCUCGCUUAUUCUCGAACGUCAACGGUUUCCCCAUGCCGCUGCAGCUCACGAUGAGCGUAUCCAAGGGAACAUGCAAGCCCUACGGGAUGGAAUACGGGAGUUGGGUAGCGGCAGCGAAGUCAAUGGGCUAAGGCAGCAGUACGAACGAAUGAGGGGGAUGGUUGGUGGUCAGAUUCUCGAAGAUGAAAGGGAACUGCCACCACCUCCAACACCACGCAAGUCACAAGAACAAGUCUACAUACCUUACACGGAUGACCCAGACCCGGAUUUAGAGGCUGGGAUCAUGCUGCAGGAGCAAAGGAGGUUGAUGGAUGACCAAGAUAACCACCUAGACGCACUAUCACAUUCAAUAAACAGGCAGAGAGAUGUCUCUUUGCAGAUAAGCUCGGAAUUGGAUACCCACACCGCCCUCCUUGACGGACUUGAUCAGGACCUUGACACAACACAUUCCAGGCUGAGCAUUGCAAGGAGGAGUUUGGAGAGGGUAUCUAAAGGCGUGAAGGGAAAUGGCGAGUUUCUUCUCAUUUUGAUUCUCUCUUCUUGA